AUGAUUGCAUUGGUACUACUCUUUAUCCUGACAGGUACUGUUCUGUAUGGGUGGUACUUCUGUAAAUCGUUCAACACCACGCGCCGAACCGACCCUCCUGUGGUCAAGUGCACCACGCCUUUUAUAGGUCACCUCGUCCAGUUCGGCAAGGAUCCGUUGGGGUUUCUACGAAAUUGCAAAAAGACAUAUGGGGGGAUCUUCACCUUCAACGCAUGUGGUAAUCGCAUCACGAUCAUCGGGGAUGUUCACGAGCAUAGCAAGUUCUUUACCCCCCGUAACGAGAUCCUCUCGCCUCGUGAGGUCUACGCGUUCAUGAUACCAGUUUUUGGCGAGGGGGUGGCCUACGGUGCGUCCUAUGCACGCAUGCGUGAGCAAAUCAACUUCCUGGCGGAGGAGCUCACCGUCGCGAAGUUCCAGAACUUCGUGCCGUCGAUCCAGCACGAGGUCCGCAAGUUCGUCGAGGCGAACUGGAAAGGCGACUCCGGGGAGAUCAACAUCCUGGAGGACUGCAGCACGAUGAUCAUCAACACCGCCUGUCAAUGUCUCUUCGGCGAGGACCUUCGCCGUCGUCUGAACGCGCGCCAGUUCGCGCAGCUCCUCGCUCGGAUGGAAGCGAGCCUGAUCCCCGCCGCGGUCUUCAUGCCCAUCCUGCUCAAACUCCCGCUGCCGCAGUCCUACCGCUGUCGGGAGGCGCGGGCGGAGUUGCAGGCGAUCCUCACCGACAUCAUCCUCGCCCGUGAAAAGGAAGAAGGGCUGCAAGACAGCCACACCUCCGACCUCCUCGCCGGGUUGCUUCGCGCCGUCUACCGCGACGGCACUCGGAUGACGCAGCAUGAGGUGUGCGGCAUGAUCGUCGCCGCGAUGUUUGCCGGGCAACACACCUCCACCAUCACCACCACCUGGUCGUUGCUGCAUCUGAUGCGGCCGGAGAAUGAGGCCCAUCUGGCCCGUCUCCGCGCCGAGGUGGAUGAAUUUCCCGCCCAACUCAACUACGACAACGUGAUGGAGGAGAUGCCGUUUACGGAGUCGUGCGCGCGGGAGUCGAUCCGGCGGGAUCCCCCGUUGAUUAUCUUGAUGCGAAAGGUUCUGAAGCCCGUGCAGGUGGGGCGGUAUGUCGUCCCCGCGGGCGACAUCAUCGCCUGCUCCCCGUUGCUCUCUCAUCACGACGAGGAGGCGUUUCCCGCGCCGCGGGUGUGGAAUCCACUGCGGAAUAUUCGUCGGGUGGAGGGCGCCUUCUGCGGCUUUGGCGGCGGGGUUCACAAGUGCAUCGGCGAGAAGUUCGGCCUGCUGCAGGUUAAGACGAUUCUCGCGACGGUGCUGCGCGAGUUCGACUUCGAGCCGAUCGGGCCCCUGCCGGAGCCAGAUUACCACACGAUGGUGGUCGGGCCCACCGCCAGCCAGUGCCGGGUGCGUUAUAUUCGGAAGAAGAAGCCCAUCAUCGCCGCCGCCGCGUGA